UUUUUUGAGUUUGGGCAAGGACACAGGGGCCCCAUGAUCCCCUAUUGCCCGGGGGCCCCAUGAGCUGUCAGUCCGCCCCUGCAUACAGCCUGCCUACUCCACUUGAGCAACCAUUAUAUCCUCUAACCAGCUGGGGGGCUUCACCCUUACCUCCUCUAACUGGCAGGGGGUCCACCUUUACCUCGCGUAAUCAGCAGGGGGCUUCAUCCUUACAUCAUCUAACCAUAAAGGAGCUUUUUACCCUUAGAGCUGUUUCAAACAGGGGCUGACUGACCAUUUGGAAACUCGGGAACUGCCCGAGGGCCCGAGGUCAGUAGGGGGC